CAGUGAUCACGUGCUUUAUUAUGUCUCGCUAACGGGACAGCGCCUGCAAGCUGUUGCUACAUUAACGUAAAGUACAAAGGCCUUGAGAAUCGACAUUUGUUACCUAACGCUCUACGGUUGAAUAUGUAAGAUCUUGUUCGUGUAAUAUCGAAGGUCAAAGCCAGUGAUCUUUGAAGUGUGAGGGCAAAUGUCCAAUAUUUCGUAUAUCACUGUGACGUAGUUUGUUUAUACGGUUCAAUCCAAAUUUGGUGAUGAAACGUACGGGAGUGAAUCGUGGCCGCCUGUUGAUAUAGGUUUUUAAGAUUAGUAGUUCGUAUAUCUUUUUUAAACUGAAGUCGAAGUGAUAAACUUAUUUUGUGACGAAACGUAACUUGUCUUCAUGGGUGGUUGACCAACAUUAUAAUUAGCCUAUAGGCUAAAAAUCUGAUUCUUGGAAAAUCACCAUUCAAAUGAGCACUAUUUCUGAAGAAUUGGAAAAUGAACGGUCACAGUGUGGAGAUUCUGGGCCUAAUUUUAGCCUGUUACAAAUAAGUGAUAACACCACCGACCGUCUGUCAUCGGUGUCACGAUUGAUUCAUCCUUGGCGGGUGAAUCUUCCCCCGUUAUCAUGGGAUUGGAGUCGUCUUAAAAGAAUUUUGGAAUCAGAUUCCAAAUCACUAAAUUCCUUAACACACACACACUCCCGAAAAUCAUCUGAUACUAGCCUUGUCUCUGUUCAGUCUUCUCACAGUUAUCACAGUGUAGCACCUGAAGAUGAACAACUAGAAGAAGAUGUUUGGUUGGUUUGGGGAAGGAUAGUUAAUGACUGGGAUAGCCACAUAAAGAAAAAACUUUGUAUGUUAAAGGAGCAGGUUCGAAAGGGAAUCCCACAUCACUUUAGGGGAAUAGCAUGGCAAUUGCUCUGUAAUGCUCAGAAUUGUUCUGCGAAGGAACGUUUCGCAGAGUAUAUGAAGAAUUCAUCACCUUGUGAAAAGGUGAUUAGAAGAGAUAUUGCCCGGACAUACCCUGAACAUGAGUUCUUUAGAGAGAAGGAUGGGCCAGGUCAGGAAGGUCUGUUUAAUGUUAUGAAAGCUUAUUCACUACAUGAUAGAGAAGUAGGAUACUGUCAAGGAAGUGCCUUCAUUGUUGGGCUACUACUAUUACAGAUGCCAGAAGAAGAGGCAUUUGCUGUUCUGACAAGGCUCAUGGAAGAUUACAGACUUCGAGAAAUGUAUAAACCCAGCAUGGCUGAACUAGGCUUAUGUAUGUACCAGUUAGAGUCCAUUGUCCAGGAACUGAUUCCUGAGUUACAUAUACACUUUCAAUCUCAAAGUUUUUACACAUCAAUGUAUGCAUCAUCUUGGUUUUUAACCCUCUUCACAGCUAAUCUUCCACUCCAACUAGCAUCAAGGGUAAUGGAUUUGUUUCUCUCUGAAGGCAUGGAAAUGAUAUUUCGUAUUUCAGUUGCCAUCUUGCAGUUCUGUAAAGAAGACUUAAUUCAGCUAGACAUGGAAGGCAUGCUUAAAUAUUUUCAGAAAGAAAUGCCUUCUAAAUGUGAAACAGACCCAGACUAUUUGGUAACCAUGACACUUCAGGUCAAAUACAACAGCAAAAAGAUGAAAAAACUUGAGAAAGAUUAUACAGCAUUAAAGGUCAAAGAACAUGAAGAAUUGAUUGAAAUGAGGAGGUUGCGUACUGAGAACAGACUAUUGAGACAGAGGAUAGAAAACUUGGAACAGGAAAGCUCAGCUCUAGCAGACCGGCUCAUCCAGGGUCAGGUUAGCCGUGCUCAAGAAGUUGAAGAUAACUUUACCAUCAAACAAGAGUUAGCAGAUCUUAGAGAUAAAGAACAAACGGUUAAAGAAGAAUUGGAUUUGGCUUAUCAACAAGUCCGAGCUCUUAGUGAGGCUGGAUCACAACCUCCAUCCAUUGAAAACUCUAGUGACAACUUGAUACAGUCAUUACAGGAAGAACUAGUAGUGGUCAAGCUUCGAGAAGCAGAGAAAGACGAAAUUAUGCAAGAUUUAAAAGGGCGAAUCCAAGAGCUGGAAGAGGCCAACAAGCAACUACGAGAAACUACUCCUGAUAAGACACUAGCUCAAUUGCAAGAAGAACUGAUUUCUGUUAAACUAAGAGAGGCUGAAGCAAACUUGUCCAUGAAAGAACUUCGACAAAAAGUGUCUGAUUUACAAAUAGUCUGGCUGCAACAUCUAGAUGAAUCUAAAGCAGGUUCGCCCCUGUCUUCCAAGAAACGGGAGAAAACACUGAUCAUGCAACUUCAAGAAGAACUUAUCUCAGCUAGGAUGCAUGAAGCUGAUGCUAUAGCAGAGCUCAAGGAACUUCAUCAGAAAGUAAUGGAACUAGAAGCUCAGAACCAAGUAACAUUAAACCAAAUAACACAUCAAGAAGAAAAAGUCAAAACACUCCAUAAAACCAUGGAUGAGACAGUAGAGAGAGAGAAAGAUCUCCAAAACCAGUUGAAAGAAGAACAAAUAAAAUAUGCAAAUCUGGAUUCUAAGAUAAAGGAGGAACAAAUGCUGGCUAAAAUCAAGGAAGUGAAACACACUCAAGUUAUAGCUGAAUUGAGACAAAAAAUUGCAUCUCUUGAGGCCAUGAGUCAAGAAAUUAUGACAGUUGGACAGUUAAGAAUUCGACCAGAUCACAUGGGCAGUGAGGAUAGUAAAGAUUUACAUGAACAGGUAUCAGACCUGAAAGCAGAGAUUGUUCACUUGGGAACUUUGAACAAGAAAUUGACUUCUGCUGUUGCCAUUCAAGCUUUACAAAGUCCAAGUAGCCCAAUUUGCAGUCUGUCGAAAGACAGCUCCUUGACAAACCUGAGCAGCCUAAUGGAACUGGCCAUGAGCCGAGGCAACAGCUUCUGUGAUGAAUCUCUUAGUAAACAUUUGCAUAUUGGCAAUGAUCAAAGUCAGUUAACUAAUAAAGAUCUGUUAAACAAGAACACCAAGAUGAAUGGUGAGGCAGAUAGCUAAGUGCGACGUACUCUAUCUUGCCCUCUGAUCACAUAAUAUUAUAAUAUAUACCGAACAAAGCUUCAUAAACCAAUACAGUCAUGAUGUAUAUAAUGCCAGUUUUGAACAUUAGUUCAUUUUGAAUUUGAUUUAAGCUGUCGCACAGAAGGAAAUGGCACUUCAGUAUGCAAAAAUAUAGUUUCAUGUACAGGCCUCCUCAGAGCUUUAUAAAUGUAAACCUUGUGUCAGAUUUUUGCUAGAGUAUUUAUGUGCAUCAUAACAGUGUUAUUGCUAGAUAUAAGUAUAAAGUGUAAUGAGGUUCGACUUGGCAUCGUAGCCAAGACUGACCAAAAUGUUCUGUGGAUAUUGUCCGAGUGAUGAUGGCAAAUUAUGGAAUAUAGUUCUUCAAGCAGCAUGAAGUUUAUUAUCGUCAUGUUGCUUGUGUACAUUUUGUUGUUUUUGUGAUCACUUAGUAGCUCCGUCCAUGUGUAUAUGCUAUUUUGUGAAUAAUGGGUAACUUAAUAUUCUUGCUGGUUUACAGCCUGAUGACACAAAUCCCCUUUAAUGUGGGAUUUUUGUCUCUCUUCUUUUUACUGUUUUGUUCCUCUUUCUUCAGUGCAUAGAGAUUUAAAUGUAGGCUUCCACAAAUCUUUUAUUUGUUGAUAUUGCAUACUGUCCUAUCUUUCGUAGUAUUAAAGUAUUUUUCUUUAAACUCAAGAAAUACUCAAAACAACAAAAUGACUUUUAUCAAUCAGUAUGUUUUCUUCACUAAGUGAAAACUAAGAAUGUAAUUUACAGCUGAAGGUGUAUCCAUGUGAUCCAGUUAUGCUGUAUUAUUAUUAUUAUUAUUACUCAUUUUAUAUCAUUCUUGUUCAUCCAUAUUUCACUUGAUUUAAAAUUAACUCAUUGUUUGUUAACAAGCAUUUAUCACUUCUAAUUUCACAGAAUGGAAAUUAAGUCUAUUAAUGACAGAUUCUGUUGACCAGCUUCUUUCAGCUUCUAUGUAUUUUGCUGAAUGAUAUCAAGACAUAGCUAUCAGUAUCCAUCUGGUUUUAGCCAUUUAUUAUAUUUGUAAUAUGAUGGGACAUGUAGUUAAGGCUGUAACUCAUAACAGUUGGUAUUCAUUUUAUUCAUUCAUCCAGCACUUCUCUGAGUGACACUAAAUACUGUUUUAUAAUGGUUAUAUGCCAUUUUGGCCUAGACACAAUUAAAAUAUCAGAACUCCAGUUGUCUUCAGCUUUUCUUUUUAACAGCCAGAAACACAAAAGUAUGAACAAGUGUAAACAACUAAGAUGGUUACAUGGCAUUCUGAGUGUGAAUUAAUAGCUGUUAAAAAUUUUGAUCCUGUCUGUUCCCAUUGAGAAAUGUGUUGCCGAAUGGCAUUUAUACGUCACUUGUUUCUUAAUUUUGAAAAUUAUACAUUGGGGUCUGUUUUAAUUCUUUAUUUUAAAAAAAGUUUGAUAUUUAUAUCCAAAAUUUAAAAACAUUUUAAUAUACUGUAAAAACUUCUGUAAAGAUAAAAAGAUUAAGCCAGUUCUAAUAUUUAUGCUAUUAUUUAAUAAUAACUGUGGUAACUGAAGAUUGAGAAAAGUUGUAAACAUCAGAUUUUCAAGUAGUGUUUUGGCAUUAUAUAAUGGAUUGAACUGAAUAUGAAGAUUGGGACAGAAUCAUUCAGUGGUGUAUAAUCAUUUACGUACAAUGUAAGUUCAUAUGCCUUACAACACCCAAUUUUUCUGCAUUGAAGGAAACUUAGAGUUCCAAAGGAAAAUUUCUAUAAAACAUUUUUGUGUAAAACAUGAAAACUCACUUUUGCACUAGUCAGUAGACUUGCAUACUUGUUCGAUAUUUAAUUAUUUUACAGAGUUAGUUAUAAAAAUGGGACUAGUUAUCAUUUGUUUUUUGUUGUUUUUUACAGUAUGCCAAAAUCUAACUUAUUUACAAUUAUGAUCCUUUAAAUACAAUAGUACUUUUAGUACACUGUAUUUACUGUACAAGGGAUAAAAGUCAUGUUUUAAUUUAUUGCAUUAUUAGAGAUCCAAAAUUCAAGAUACAUUUUUAGAUGUGUACAUGUAACCUCUAAUCAGAUCCAUCCUAAAAGUAGAACUGUUGCAUUGUGAUGUAAACUGUAAACAAAACCAUUGUUCCAGUUGUCAUAUGUGGUUUACUUAGAAACCAGUCUUUCACUAUAUAUAAUCUAUAGCCUAAAAAAUGAUUAUUGCAUCAUGUGUAUGUUUGUUAUUUUUACUUAUAAGACAUGCAUACAGUGUAUUUAUAAUUAUGUCAAACAAGUAAAUUUUAAAUUUAUAAGUUUCAGUUCUGUCUGUUCCCAUUCAUCAACAUGUUGCACAAUAGCAUUUAUACAUGGUUUGUUCCUUAAGUUUUGAUUUUAUACCUUUCAUCUGUUUUAACUCUUUUUAUGUAAAGAAAAACAUUUGUUUGAUGCCUGUAACCCAAAAUAUAAGAACAGCAUAUUUUGUUCUAAAACGUCUGUAAAAUUAAAAAAGUGAAGUCAGUUUUAA